CCCAGUCCGCACCAGAGGCGGGUAACGAUCGGUCGUCCCGUCCCCCGGCUUAGCUACGCGCCGCGAUCGCUCCGUCGCGAAGCGCGUUUUACGCGGUCCGCACAGCACGCACGCACGGCGGGGUCUCCGUGUUUCGCCCGCACGCACGAGGAACCCCCCCGCGAUAAAAUCCGACUUCGGGAUUCCGUGGCUGCGUGCCGCGAAUCACGGAGUAAUUGACACUAAUACGGUGGAGCUAAUGAAGUAGUGUGCCGCGUGCGGUUUUCGCCCCGAGGAGACGCUCCAGAUACCUACCGCGUCGGGUCGGAAAAGUUCAUUCCUGGAGAAAGAAUAUCCGGCACGGGGGUCCUCCGGGGCCCGGGGUCUCUCUCGCCGUCGAGGAAUCUGUAUCGGUCCUGGGUUAUCACCUUCCGUCCAAGAUAAUACAGACUGCGCGCGCGAGAGCGAGAAAGAGAGAAAGAGAGAGAAAAAAACCAGCGCUGAAAACCGGCCCAGUCCUCAGUCAUGUGAUUCCACGAAGGCCCCGCACAAUUACUAGUACACGGUUGUGAGUACCUCGUUUUAAGCCACGAGUCGAGAAAUCCGUAUCGCGAGUCCACGCACGGGCGGACUGGGUGAUGAGCUCGUGGUACAAGCCGUGGAAGACUGACGCCGUUGAAAGAUGUUCCGCUCCAAGAUUCGCAUUCACACGUGUCAAGUGAUACUGCUGACGUCCCUGGUAUGGUUCCUGGUCGACGUCAUGGUGCUCAUGCUCUAUUCGGACUGCAUCGGAGGGUCCGGAUGGGGCUGCUCGGACAAGCAGCAGCAGCAGCAGCAGGCGCUUCAGUCCGAGGAUCCGUCUCAGUUGCAUCCGAAGGCGCAGAUCAGGGAGCCGCAGGCGUUGAAGCAGGACCAUAAUGAUAAGAGGCAAUAUCCGCAGUCGCAGCUGCACCUAUGGCGUCCGGCGAAGGUCGUCAAGGAGAAUAAGGGCAGCCCUGGCGAGAUGGGGGCGGCGGUGCACAUCGCACCGGAGAACGAGGCCAAGCAGCAAGAACUGUUCAAGCUAAAUCAGUUCAAUCUGAUGGCCAGCGACAUGAUCUCCUUGAACCGAUCCUUAAAGGACAUCAGACUCGAGGGUUGUAAGAAUAAGAAGUACACCAAGUAUCUUCCAGACACGAGUAUCGUGAUAGUUUUCCAUAACGAGGCGUGGACCACUCUGCUGCGAACAGUCUGGUCCGUGAUAAACAGGUCUCCCAGGUCGCUGCUGAAGGAAAUCAUCCUUGUGGACGACGCGAGCGAGCGUGAGCACCUGAAGCAAGAUUUGGAAGACUACAUAGCCACGCUACCCGUUCCUACGUACGUGUAUCGCACCGAAAAGAGGUCGGGCCUGAUAAGAGCAAGGCUUUUAGGGGCAAAGCACGUCAAGGGACAAGUAAUCACAUUUCUCGAUGCGCACUGUGAGUGCACCGAGGGUUGGUUGGAGCCGCUAUUAUCAAGAAUCGCAAACGACAGGCAUACCGUUGUCUGUCCGAUCAUAGACGUAAUCAGCGACGACACCUUCGAGUACAUCCCGGCGAGCGAUAUGACCUGGGGAGGUUUCAAUUGGAAAUUAAACUUCAGAUGGUACAGAGUCGCCCAGAGAGAAAUGGACAGGAGGAAUAGCGACAGAACGGCACCGCUACGAACACCGACUAUGGCCGGUGGAUUGUUCUCUAUUGAUAAAGAAUAUUUCUAUGAGUUGGGCGCGUACGACGAAGGCAUGGACAUCUGGGGCGGUGAAAAUCUUGAAAUGAGCUUCCGGGUGUGGCAAUGUGGCGGAACGUUAGAAAUCAGUCCGUGUUCACAUGUGGGACAUGUAUUCCGGGACAAGAGCCCAUAUACAUUCCCUGGUGGUGUCAGCAAGAUAGUCCUGCACAAUGCGGCUAGGGUGGCCGAAGUCUGGAUGGAUGAGUGGAGAGAUUUUUACUAUGCCAUGAAUCCAGGGGCGCGAAACGUCGACGUCGGUGACGUUUCCGAGCGGGUAAAACUCAGAGAACGACUGAAAUGCAAAAGCUUCAGAUGGUAUUUGGAGAACAUAUAUCCAGAAUCGCCAAUGCCGUUAGAUUAUUACUAUCUCGGCGAUGUGAAAAACGUUGAAACGCAAACUUGUUUGGAUACUAUGGGCAGGAGAACCGGGGAAAACGUCGGAAUUAGUUAUUGUCAUGGAUUGGGUGGUAAUCAGGUAUUUGCUUACACUAAACGGCAACAGAUAAUGUCUGAUGAUAUGUGCCUUGAUGCAGCUAGCCCACAAGGUCCAGUAAAGAUCGUACGAUGUCAUGGCAUGGGUGGUAAUCAAGCGUGGGUUUAUAACGAUGAGACCAAAAUGAUUAAACACACAAAUACGGGUUACUGUUUGUCAAAACCCCACUCGGGCGAUGCCUCGCAACCCGUCUUGGCGCAAUGCGAUGUCAACAACAUCGGCCAAAAAUGGAUUAUGCGUAGCAAAUUCAAGUGGCAGGCCAGCUAAUACGAAUCGACUUUAAGCGCCAGACCUAUACGCAAUAUUUGUUAAUAUGUUUAAUAAAUUGUAACCAAUGGACUGAUCGCAAAGGACUUCCCAAGUGCGCGUAUGAGAAGAGAUAAUGAAGUAUUAUAACUAGUGGCGAAGAAACGGUCCAAUAUCACAUCUAAUGUGUACGUCAAAUGAAUUGACAGUGCGCGACAGGAAUCGAUUCUCGUCGAAAUCGCGUCAGAAAUCGUAGUUAAAUAAUUAGAUUCUACAGGAUUUAUUUACCAUUGAUAAAGCAGUAUCGCGAAUUUACUGCCAUUCCUUGUGGUACGGUCCUUACGGUACGCCUUGAUCAAUGCACAAUAGUGACAGAGAAUGAAUUUCUCUGAUCGCGUGUGAACAUAAGUGAUACUAAACGACGAACAGAGUGAACUCCUUUUCUUCUUUUCUGGCUGAGAAGCAGUAAAGAAGGAAUCAUAUCAGACCACUGUUAUAAAUAAUUGUUAAUAACAAAAGAGAGAGAGACAUAUUUGAUAAUUUCGAAUGAGUGCAAUGACGAAUGACUGACCGGUUAAUCAGUACGCAACGAAAUGAAAUGUGAAUAUGCUAGAAAUGCAUCGCGAGAUUAUGACGGAGUGAAUGCUGGAAUGUCAGUGAAGUUGAUGUGACGCUACCGCGAUAAUAAUAUAGAAAAAAAUUAUUAUUGUACAAUCCAUUUAAUAACUAGGGAAGAGCACUGGAUCUUUUUAUAUUCAUGUUUCUGAUAGUUCCUCGUUGCAUCUCGUUCGUAUAAUUUAACUGUUACGCGUCGUUUCGUACGAAGAAUGUACUUAUCAGAAUUUAUAGCAAUAUAUAGAAUUUAUCAGGUUUUAGUUAGAUGCAUACAAUUAUUAACUCUCGUUAAACUUUAUUACGGAGACAUAAUGCAGUUUUAAUGCAGACGUACCAGAAUGUCUUCCAUAUUUUAAUGAUAGCAGAUUUUUCUGGCAUGAUCAGCUAUUGCGCACAUUUGCGAGUUACUUGGUAACUACUUCCCUGAACAUUGUUUAAUUUGCGAAUCAUCGUGCGACGAAACAUACCGUAAAUCAUUAUAAAGAAAACAAUAUUUGAGCAUGAUGCGUUAAAGUGCAAUCACUCAAAGAUUAAGUAACGAAUUUAUAACUAAAAUGCAACUGCACAUGCCGAGAACAUUUAUGAAUAUUUAUGCAGAGAUUAAUUGAACAAAAUCAUCAUCCGUUAAAUUAAAUCCUGGCACCUUUCUCUUCGACAUCACAAGUUGCAAUAGAAUAUUCUUAUUCUUGUUCUUCGAAUAUUUAUAAAAGUUGCUUGAUGUAAAAGAUUCCCAAAUCUGCUAUUGAAAACUUUUAUAAGUUUACACUCCUGUGAAAUAACUUUCGACACAUCCUUAAGACCUUCCCUAUUUGUAUCUGCUAUUGAAUGACGAAUAUACUCAUUAUUCUUAUGUAAUCCAAAAGAAUGUUAUGGUGAUGGUGCAACGUUAAGCUUGAUACAUUUGUCUUCUAAGACUGUGGUAUUUAUUUUUGUAUAGAAUACAAAUUUACUUAUAUGUUGAAAUAAGCAAUGUGUCAGUCAACUUUAUAGAUAAAUGAUAAAGUGUUCGAUCGCGAUCGAAAAACGAUAGUCAAUAGUACCUCUUUUUGCAAAUACAUUUAUUCCUUUCCCUACAAGUUGAUUUCGUGGAGAACGCUAUUAUUAAUAUGAAUAAAAUUGCUAAUGAA